AAUGACUACAAAUUAAAAUGGAACCCGGACGAUUAUGGAGGAGUUGACACCCUGCACGUGCCAUCAGAACACAUAUGGUUACCAGACAUCGUUUUAUAUAAUAACGCGGAUGGAAAUUACGAAGUUACGAUUAUGACAAAAGCGAUUCUACAUCACGACGGAAAAGUUGUCUGGAAACCGCCUGCCAUAUAUAAGUCCUUUUGUGAAAUCGACGUGGAGUACUUCCCCUUCGACGAACAAACCUGUUUCAUGAAGUUCGGCUCAUGGAGCUAUGAUGGCUAUACGGUGGACUUGAGGCACUUAAAGCAAACACCAGAUUCCGAUCACAUAGGAAUGGGUAUUGAUUUGUCGGAAUACUACAUUUCUGUGGAAUGGGACAUAAUGCGGGUACCGGCAACGCGGAACGAAAAGUUCUACUCGUGCUGUGAAGAACCUUAUCCUGAUAUAAUUUUCAACCUCACACUUAGGAGGAAAACCCUCUUCUAUACGGUCAAUCUCAUCAUACCCUGUGUUGGAAUUUCAUUUUUAUCAGUCCUUGUCUUUUAUCUGCCUUCAGAUUCAGGAGAAAAAAUUUCACUUUGCAUCUCUAUCCUACUUUCUCUGACCGUGUUCUUUUUAUUGUUAGCAGAAAUUAUUCCACCCACUUCGCUCACUGUUCCUUUAUUAGGAAAAUAUUUGCUAUUUACAAUGAUGCUUGUAACAUUAUCGGUCGUUGUCACUAUCGUGGUGCUAAACGUAAAUUUUAGAUCACCAGUAACUCACCACAUGGCUCCUUGGGUACGAAAAGUCUUUAUUGAUUUUUUACCCCGAAUAUUAUGUAUACAAAGGCCAGAAAAACCACCCGAUGAUGACGAAAAUGAUAAACCCUCUGAGGUUCUUACGGACGUGUUUGGUGAAGACGACAUGGAUGGAAAAUUUAAAGAGUGGGGAUGUGAAGAAUAUGAGCUACCAGGUAUGCCACCGUCUCCUCCACCUCCUCCGGGAGGUGACGAUGAGUUGUUUUCCCCACCUCCAGGAUCACCUUGUCGAAUAGAGCUCGAUGAUGGUAGUCCAUCGUUUGAAAAACCUUUUGUUAGAGAAAUGGAAAAAACGAUAGAAGGUUCCAGAUUUAUUGCUCAGCAUGUAAAAAAUAAGGAUAAGUUUGAAAGUGUGGAGGAUGAUUGGAAAUACGUUGCCAUGGUCUUGGAUAGAAUUUUCCUGUUUGCGUUUACGAUAGCUUGUGUACUGGGAACGGCGCUCAUUAUAUUUAGGGCGCCAACAUUUUAUGAUAACACAAAGCCCAUCGAUAUUCUGUACUCGAAAAUUGCUAAGAAAAAGUUGGAGCUACUUAAAAUGGGUUCCGAGGGUGACCCGGGUCUCUGAAAUUCGUCUUACGUCUUCGGUCACUCGCCGCCGAAGACGUUCUGGGAGCUAAUCGUUAUGUGGUGGCACGGAUGAUCAAUGUAAAGCUCCCGGGGGGGAACUUUGAGGCGAGAACAUGUUUUGUGCUCAGUGUGGUGCCAAGCGCUUGGUGCGCCGCGGGACGUAUACACGCCGCUUGAGUGUCUAAAACCGUCUUUUAUAUACAAACUCUUUGUGAGACUGUGUCCGUCGAUAGUCAAAACAAGAACGGAGAAACCUCACAACAUAGCCACGUUAUGUUGACGUCAAAUUUGCCGUCAGUAUUUUUUUAUAUUUGAAUGGCUGUAUUAAUGUAACUAUGUAAUUCAUAAGCGUAUUUUUUUUAUUUUUAUUUUUAUGAUAUUCUUUCUUUUUCAAAUGUUGUUUAAUAUGACGCACAAAGAACGUUAAAAAGUUUACUUAUAGAGAUUGUAUUACUUUCUUGUAAAGUUGUGUUGCGUAUUCGAAAUGUGGAAAGAAAUUUUGUCACACACUUACCAUAAUAAGGUUUAAUUCGAAUAAACGAGCUCAAUUUCGUAAUUAUUAAGUAAUUAACGUAAGAUGUACUUUUCCCUUAUUAUAUAAAUAUAAAUCAAACGUAUCUACAGUUUCUUGAAAACGUCCUCGUUUUGAGUUGGACAAUGUAGUGUAUACUUAGUAUUAACCGAUGAUUUGAAGACAGUAUUAUAUAUAUUAUGUACAUCUAGUAUUUUGUAAACUACGUACUCGCGUAAAAAUCAUAAGGACAAUAUCUAUAAAAUGACGAAUCGUAAUUUCCCUGUAGUUAUAAUAAAUAAGUGACUGUAGAUAUAUUAGGUAAGCCUAUACAUCUGAUAUGAUGAAUACUCAUAUUAAUAAUAGGUAUUCUAUUGCCAAAAUUAGUUAUAUGUCACGUGCGACGGUGAUAGUAUUGUUUGAUUAAAUAUAUUUAUAAACGCAAUUGACUGCCAAUUGUAUUAAAUUUUUUAUAAUAUUCGAUAUUCUUAGAUAGUUUGAUAACUUGUUUAAUUAAAUUUUUAAAGGUGCCAAAUAAUGCCAACUACAUUUCGGAUGUAAUGCCAAAUAACUAUUAUUAAUUUUUAAGAGCUAUCAACCGUUCGUGUUUUAAGUAUGCUUGUUCAUUGACAUCUAAAAUAUGCUUACCCUACAAAGCAACGACUGAUACUUUUCCGAAUACGUUCGCAAACCUUUUCAGGUUAAUUUAUAAAUAACAUGUUUCAUUAAUCCUAGAGUACAGGGUAAAUUAGUAAACAACUUUCUUCCCCUGAUUUUUAUUCCCACUUUUUCACAGAUUGUAACGUAUUAUAAUCACUUAUCGGCACUUUAACAAUUUUAAAUAUAUUAUCAUUGUUGAGGUUGGUGAAAUUAAUAUGUAACUAAGGAUAGUGUAACUGUAAUAUGUAUCUAGAUAAAUUAUAUGUUGUAGUUGUAUCCUUUUGUUCAUAACUGAAUCACGAUCAUAAUGUAUUAGGUAGGUUGUAUUUCAACAUCAUUUAAAUAACCUUUUAUGUAAACGUUGCAUGAUACGUCACUUCGACCCAUCAUUUAGGGUAAAGUAGCCUUUCGUCUAAAAAUGAAAAAAAAAUAUUUCGAGCCGCGUAUUUGAUAUGUCAAAGUAAUUCAUAAUAAUGAUUAGAUUAACCUAGUUUACUCUGAGACUAUUGAUAUUUUAAUGAGAUCAACUGCGCAGUUAGGAAAACAGGGAUGAUUAUAGCAAAAAAAUAAUUAAAACUGUGUUUUCUAAUGGUUUUUUGUGUGUUUCGUCUUAAUUAAAUAAUAAGUGUUAUUGGAUGUAUAGCUGUUCGUGCUCACGAAGCAUCGGCUAAAGUAGAUUAGAUAUUGUAAAUGCGUUAGUCGCAUGGAAUAUGGACUCGGAUGGUGCUUGUUCAAGCAAUCCCCCGACGCUCGCUAAAGGUUGAAAAUAUUAGAUCUGGUGGUCGUAUAGUGGAUGAGAUUCACAGCCCUUAAUAUUAAUAUAUGAAUCUACAUCAUAGACUCCGAGGCCUCUAUAAAGAUAACUGGCAACACACUACAUACAAAUCCUUCUAUUCUUGUGAGGUCUUUCAUUCUUUGCAACAAAAGCUGCCGCAAACGGCGACUUUGUGUGGAACCCACCAGUUUUAUCGUCAAUGGAAUUUUUGGAAGGAAUUGUUUAAAUUAAUAAUAUUAUUAAAAUUAAUUUCGAAUAUGUUCACGACUAUAAAAGAGAGUAGGCAUGUGCUAUUGCACGCACCGAAACACACACCAAUAUAGAAAUAUUGUCAUUAAUAUAAUUAGUUAAGUCCACAGGCUUCCCUCACUAUUCCGAUAUUAUCCAACUUUUAUUGUAGAUAUUUGCUAGGAAAUAAACGGUCUGUUGUUAUUUUUAUAUGACUGCAAAUUAUAUAAUAGAUAGAUUUUCUAAAACACCGUAGGCUAAUAUUUAGACACAAGUUGUCAUAAGUGUACUGAAAAAUAUGGAUGGUAGUUAGUUGGUUAGGAAUAAAAGCGAUGUACAUAACAAUGUGUCAAAGAGAGCAUGGACAUAAUGUCAGUUAUAAACCGUUAAUGCAACACAAAGUUGAACCGCUUCAAGAUAAAUCUUUGAAAGAUUUGAAGGUUCUUAUUAAUGGUACGCGUUUGUUAAUGAUAUAGCAUAGGUCAUAUAUUUGUUAAAACUGGAUGAGCUAAGCCAAUACAACGAUGACUUAAUCCUAAUUCUAACGAAUAAAUUUUUAAUAAUUUUAAAACCUUUUAAUUUAUAUUUCAUGUCUAAACAUAGCUCGCGCGUGCUCUGACUACUUGUGAUCUGUAACUUUGGUUGUAUUCUUGUUAUCGUCUGUAAGACGGACGUAUUGUAUUCUUCCCCGUUAUGUUUAACCUGUUCUUUGGUUGUUAGAGGAUCGUUAUAUUUACUUGUAUGUCUGUAUAUGCAUGUUUCGGGUGAUAAACGGGUAAGAUAAUGUAGUGAAGUGUAUCUGGUUGUAGAUAGGUAAAUAAUAAAUUAACAAUAAAUAACGCUAGUCACACCGUAAGUAAGUUGAUCGUGGUUAAGUAUGUAAUGUUUAAGUGGUGUUUUAGCUUCUCAAUGUUUAUUAGAGUUAGUGGACGAAUGAGUCGGUUCGUAAGCGCGAUGUACGACAAAUUUGCUGCUUAAAUGGUUAUCGGUUAAAAUGUAAAUCAUUAAUUCGAACAGUUCAAUAUUAUUUAUGAUAUACUUUCACGAUUAGCUUCUUUAUACAACUUGAUGGAAUUGUACCCAUAAUGAAAGAGAGAACAAAGAAAGACCAUCAAAUCAAAAAUAAUGUACACGUAGCCUUGAAUUUUUAAUAAGGUUUUCAUUAAAUGCCAUUUCUUUUGUAUUGUUAUAAUUUAAUAUGUUCUUGUCGUAUUUUAUUUCUUGAAAUGCAUCGAAUUUGUUUGCAACGCGUGAUGGGACUAUGAGCUCAUAGUCAGCUAUCACAUGGCUGUCAGUAAUUUUAAGUAUCAAGGUAACCGAGGUGUUGACAUGUAAAUAUAGCUGAUCAACAUAGAAAUUUAAAAUAAUAUUAAAUUGACAAGUUAUUUUUCUACGUUCCUUUCACUGUACCCUUAGUAUAAAAUUAGAUGCGUAGCGUAGUACAUUUUAUUUAUCCAUAAGGAUUAUAUCAUUCAGCAAUAAAGUUAUGUUCUAAGUGAUUUUAUUAUUUUGACGCCAUUCAUUAUAUCCGUAAAUUUAAGUUUUAGUUUUUUGAAUGGUUGACGAUAAUCCGUAACGCUUUAUAAUUAGGUUGAUCGAGAUAUAGAGUUUCGUAUAGCAGUUUCUUCUACGACACAUUCGCAUAUGUUUUAUUGCACACACAUUUUAUACAUUAAAUAUUCUUUGUAACUAUAUACUAUGCAUUUAAUAUCGACGUAAGUUAGUCGUAUUCACGUGUUUAAUCAAACGUCUUCCAAACGUGACGUAAUGUAAAAUUUUUAUUUAUUCCUUUUAGUACUUACAGAACACUAACCGGUUGAAAGAUUGAAAUUAAGUUAUCGCUACACCUUUCCGAGAAAUAGUAUUACCCGUAGAUCGAAUUGUAAGGCUGGAGAGAUGCACCUUGUUAUUUAUCGAAUCCCCUGACAAGCUGUGUCUUUUUUCAUUUUAUUUGUAGCUUCUUCCCCCCUAUAUUAAGAUCAAAAUUUUCAAUUUCCUCUUCAUAGGUUAUAUAUUAGAAAUAGAUCGUAAUAAUUAUAAAUAAGUAUAAUACCACACAAUUUGCGUUGAGCUUCCAACACGAUUAGAUGUAAAUACAGAUAUAUAUCUAUUAAUGUACCUUUAAAAUUAAUUUUAGUUGUUUUAAUGAUAAAUGUAUUGUAUACGCUUCGUCGAUACAAUUUUCGUUAUCAAACAUUUGUUAUGGAUCUCUCAUUAAUAUUUGCUUGUAUACUGCAGUAUGCGCCAAAUCUACGCAAACAUUAUCAAUAAGUUAUGAGUAAACUGGUAAAUAUAUCGCAUAUGAUGACACAUUUAAUAAUAUUAAAAAAAAUGUCCCAUGUUUAUAUAAUUAAAAUUCUCAAACGGUAUCUCACUGAAUUCGUAUAACAAUAGAUUUGGUGCGUUCCUUGAACAAUUAUUAUUUACCUAAUUGUAAUUAACAGCUACUUCAUAAAAGAAUAAUUUCUUUGUGCCUUAUAUUUAAUUAGCACUAUUUAAUGAAAUAUGAAAAUUCUUUUUUCUUUGUGCUAUAUUUAUACCAUACAGUAUGUAUUAUUGUAAUCGUUAGUAAUCUAGUUUCUUUGUUUGAGCCGCGUUGGCGGGAAUGUAGCAUAACUUUCAGAUUUCUUAAUAUAAAUUGUUAAUGUAAUGUAAGUUAUGUCCUCUACUACUAGGGUUAAUGAUUUUGUGUUAUAUUAAAAAUUUUAUUUCACAUUUCUAGUCACGAGUAACGGCAUAUUUGUUUGGAAAUUUGAGAUGAAUUAAACCUUCAUAGGCUGUUAUAAAGGUUUAAAAGUAAGAUAUUAUUGAUUUGAACAUAAUAUUUUUCCUCGUUUAUCUAUAAUCUGUUAAAUACAACUAUACAGUUAAAAUUCAUCACAAUUUUCAGACUAAUAAUGCGACCGUUGAAAAUGGCGAACGCAAAACGAACACCAUUAUAUUAAUAUAACAAAAUUAUUGUUAAUAGAUAGAUACACGAAUUCCUAAAUUCAUUUUAAUAUAAGAUAACAAAGUAAUAGAAAAAUUCAAUAAUCAUUAACUUAGAAUAGUAUUAAUUCGAUCGUUCUGUGCAACAGUGACAAUUAAUUUUUGCCACUCUAGUAUAAGGUACGCACUAUAAUCUCAAUAAGUCAUAAUAGCUCAAAAUGUAUGGGGCUCUACUUGUAACAUACUUAGUUUUUAGAUGCUAUUGUAUAAGGAACGGAGAAUAAUUAUACAUAACUUAAUAUUAAGUCCCAUUUUGUAAUGUUACAAUUAAAAGCACUACAACAUACUAUGAAUACACCCAUGACUUCUUAAUGCUAAUAUUGA